GCUGUUGUAGACGAUUGGUGUGCACUGCUCCAUCAUUUUCACCCAAGACGGCAACUGCCAGAACACGAUUUAGAAUUGCGAAGUCAAGUGGGUCCUCCACCCAGUGCUUCAUGUACUAGAACAGAGGGCGGCUUGGGGAAAUUCCCCGGACACCAGGGCAGAGAGUGCCAGCGUCCAAGCGCAGACUCCCUCAGCGAUGAAGCUUCGCGAAGAUGGUUCGCUACGGUGAGCCGGAGCUUUCGGCGGAUUCGCGAGGACUGAUGGUCAUACUAAAAGUUAUGCAAUUGGCUCAGCGGCACAUGGCGGACGUCGUGCCGUCGCCGCUUGGAGCUAACCCGACGGGGAUUACUCAUGUUGUGUUCUCCACGACACCCAAGACGAAGAAAUUACCACGUGCCUCGACGGCUGUGUUUCUCAACGCGGCGGAGUGAGUGUUUGUAUAUUUGUACGGAGUAAAUGUUUUGCAUGUUGCAUUUUCAUUGGAGCGCGUUGAUGAAGAAAAUUAUCCCUUAAACAUUCGCAGUGUUUUGCUGAUAGCGGUCGGGUUGCCAUCCGACUUGCUGCUUGAGGCCAUAAUUUUCCUUGGAUGUCUGAGCGCUCCCAUUUCAUCAUGAUAUUGUAACAUUUGAGUACAAGGAUUAAAAAUUGACAUGCGCGUCGUUUGAAGGUUGUGCUGUAGUGGUCUUCCUGAUGAAACGACAACCUAGUUAAUCCAUUUCUAAUGAGUACUCUCGAUUGACUGUUCAUGGUUAGAAUAGUUAGCUUCUGUAGAGAUAAACACUUCACUUCAAUAUGAUUCAUUCACAACCCA